UCCUGACACUGACAGGCUGUGUUCUUCAGGCCCGCCUUUUCUUCCUUACAUAUAAAACCCGCUGAACCACAAAACAGUUAUGCUUCUCAGGCGACCUCGUUUGUUCAGUUUCAUCAGACCACUUCAUACUACAGUCACUGCAAACAUGCCCAUCAAGGUUGGAGAGAGUCUGCCAGCUGUGGAGGUCCAGGAAGGAGAGCCGGGAAAUAAAAUUUCCAUCGCCCAGCUCUUCAAAGGGAAAAAGGGGGUACUGUUUGCAGUGCCAGGUGCCUUUACUCCUGGAUGCUCCAAGACACAUCUCCCGGGAUUCGUUACUGAUGCAGCAAAGCUGAGGAGCAAAGGUGUGCAGGAGGUGGCCUGCGUCUCCGUGAACGACGUGUUUGUCAUGGCCGCAUGGGGAAAGGAACAUGGCACAGAUGGCAAGGUGCGAAUGCUGGCCGAUCCCACAGGAGCCUUCACUGCGGCAGUUGAUCUCUUUCUGGACAAUGAUGACAUUUUGAAGGUACUCGGUAACAAGAGAUCCAAGAGAUAUGCAAUGGUUGUUGAGGACGGUGUGGUGAAGAAGCUCAACGUGGAGGCUGAUGGAACUGGUCUCAGCUGCAGCUUAGCCUCAAAUGUCCUCUCUGAUCUGCUCUAAAGCACAGACUGCACCAGCUUCUACAUCCUGACUGUGUCUUUUUAUCUCUGUUCACUGAUCAGUAUUUCAGUUAAAAAAAAAAAAAAGCCAUGCCAGUGGCAACGCAACCAAAGAAAGCACAGCGCUACUGUAAUAGAGGAUGUUAUAGAGUUGAGUAAGACAACGCACACUAUGGCGUUUAUACGCACAAUAGCAUUGCUGUUACUGACACUGACUUAUCUACACAAUAAUAAACAACUUUACAGUGAA